AACCGGAACCAUUCCUUCUUUUACGUUUCUCUCCGGACAGUAAAACGUGUCCCACGUGCUUUCAACAUGGCGAAUCACCUGCGUUUCGUGGCACGGACGGUUAUGGUGCAGGAUGGAAACGUAGAAGCGGCUUAUCGCGCUUUAAACAGGGUGCUGACUGUGGACGGACUCAUCGAGACGGUCCGACGCAAGCGCUACUUCGAGAAGCCGUGCCGACAGCGCCAGCGGGAGCAUUAUGAGGCAUGCCGGCGCAUUUACAACUCGGAGAUGGGCCGCAAGCUGGCUUUCCUCUCACGAGCACACAGGCGGGAUCCCUGGCUGGGCUGCUGAGCGGGGGAUGGGCGGGACGGUUAAACCCCCCCAUCCCUGGCCCACUGGCUCCUCCCCCUUUGGCUCUCCCAGCCGGGGUCACCCUUAACCCUGCUGCUGAUUGCCCACAGACUGUCUCCGCCCUGAGUCACCGUGACUUUGUUUAAAUGUUAAAAAAAAAGAUGUGAAGUUUGAGUCUGUCAUGUCCUGGGAAUGAUCCCUGUUUGGUCAGACUGUUACCUUCUCCUUUAUGUCAUGUUCAGUCCCCUUAUAUUGUGUCAAAAAGCCAUAUUACCUGUUAGAUGAUUGAUAGGUUGUUCUACAACUUAUAUAAAUAAAAUGCUCUGUCCACUGUAA